UGUACACCGCCCGUGCCCCAUGGCCCCACUCGCAGCCCUCUCUCCAUCCCUCCAUCUCUCUUCUCUCUCUCUCCACCUAGGCAAGCGAGCGAGCGGGACACCAUGCAGGCGGUGAGGCCAGCGGCGGUGGAGGAGGCGGCGGCGCAGGUGCAGCUGAGGAGGGAGGAGGAGGAGGCGGUGGAGGCAGCGGCGAAGGAGGUGGUGGAGGAGGAGGUGGGGCCUGAGGAGAAGGAGGUAGCGGUGGUCGGGGAGGAGAAGGCGGCGGUGGAGGCGGAGGAGGAGGAGGAGGAGGUGGAGCACGACGAGGAGACGGCGGGGGCGUCGGCCAAGAAGAACCGGAUCCAGGUGUCCACCAACAAGAAGCCGCUCUACUUCUACGUCAACCUUGCCAAGAGGUACAUGCAGAACUACGACGAGGUCGAGCUCUCUGCACUGGGAAUGGCAAUUGGCACUGUUGUGACUGUUGCUGAGAUCCUCAAGAACAAUGGCCUGGCCACUGAAAAGAAGAUCCUGACAUCAACCAUUGGCACCAAGGAUGAAUCAAAGGGACGUCUUGUCCGUAAAGCCAAGAUUGAGAUUCUCCUGUGUAAAUCAGAGAACUUCAACAGCAUAAUGUCCAGCAAAAAAUCGGACCGCCCCAAAUCAGCCGAGGAGGAGAUCAAGGUCUGAUGAACAGCAGCAUCUUCUUCUGAUCAGGGCCUCUCUGUCCAGAGGUUAACACCAUGCUUGAGACUGUGGGAGGCAGCAGAAUUGAUCUGGUUUAGUAGUCUACUAGGGUACCUUAGUCCUUGUCAAGGAUGAAAUGGGGUGUGUCUCCCUUUCUCUCCUUGCAAGCUCUGUCCAACUGAAACCUUCAAUUGAGCAACAGUUUGCAACUGCGUCAGUAUGAUGAUGAUGAUGACGACGACGAUGACGAUGAUGAUGAUGAUGAUGAUGGAAUGGAUGUAGAAAUAGAAUUUAUCUCGCUCCCAAAGUGUGGGACUGGAGAUCUCCUAUAUAAGAUCUUACCUUUUCAGUUUGAUGUUCAUUUGCUUAUGUAUGAAGGUUUUAUGUGAUUGUGCAGCUUCUGCUAGUCAAUUUGGAUG